AGACAGUAGGGAUCAGUGGACUGGGGUGAACUGUGGAUUAAAGUACCUAAUUGGCAUCAGAAUCUACCCACAGAGAUACAAACAGACUUCACAGACAAGUGGAGUGAAAGACCUGAAAUGUUGUUGCUUGGUAUGAUCCUGGUGUUCUCAGUUACACUCGGAGGGACCUAUCCCUCAGGAUACUACUCUAAAGAUGCAUCAUCUGAGGAGAGAGCUCUUCGAAUUCUGCGGAGAAUCGCUACUCAGCCUACCCCCGGACCGCUAGCUCUCAAACUCUCAGCCCAUGCUCUCAUGGACAUCACCGAGCGAUGGUUAAGUGCAGGAAGUCCCAAAAAGGCAUGGCGGUGGUCCCCUGAAAUGUCUCAUUCUGAAAGCAAGAGGAGGCAGAAUCUAGCAUCUUAUAACCUUAACUCGUUUGGGCUUCGGUACGGGAAGUGAGAUCAUGGUAAAUGCUGUAAAAGAGAUGUUUAGUGAAUUUUAUUAUAUAUUAAAUAAUACUGUAAGAUCCUAUUUAUUAAGGUUUGUGCAUUAAAACCCAAAUCAGAAAACGUUGGGACAGUAUGGA